GCCAGCGCACCGAGAGACCCCCGGGCCGGGGCUUCCCGCUCUGGCACAACGGCCCCGGCUCGCCGCUGGCUUCCACGGCCAGUCAGGAGCUGAGCCUGGGCUCCGCGCGUGGCGCUCCGACCGCCCCCGUGCUAAAUCCCGCUCCGGGCGUGGGCGUGCGGCUCCGCCGUGUCCCUGGAGCGGCGGGGUCCGGCGGAGCGCAGCGGGCUCUGCCCGUUCGGGAGCUCCGGGACGCGGUCCGAGCGAUGCCAUGGGGCUCUCGGACUGCUGGCGGUACUGGUUUGCUCUUGGUGUGGGUUGCUGGGGGCUGAGGCACCAUGGAGCAGUACACGGCCAACAGCAGCAGCUCCACGGAGCAGAUCGUGGUGCAGGCGGGGCAGAUCCAGCAGCAGCAGCAGGGAGGUGUCACAGCUGUCCAGCUGCAGACUGAGGCCCAGGUGGCAUCGGCCUCAGGCCAGCAAGUCCAGACCCUCCAGGUAGUGCAGGGGCAGCCGCUGAUGGUGCAGGUGAGCGGGGGGCAGCUCAUCACCUCCACGGGCCAGCCCAUCAUGGUGCAGGCCGUGCCCGGGGGCCAGGGCCAGACCAUCAUGCAGGUGCCCGUGUCCGGCACGCAGGGGCUGCAGCAGAUUCAGUUGGUCCAGCCAGGUCAGAUUCAGAUUCAAGGUGGGCAGGCUGUGCAGGUACAGGGGCAGCAGGGCCAGACCCAGCAGAUCAUUAUACAGCAGCCCCAGACUGCAGUUACUGCUGGCCAGACACAGACCCAGCAGCAGAUAGCAGUGCAAGGCCAGCAGGUUGCCCAGGCUGCUGAGGGCCAGACCAUCGUGUACCAGCCUGUGAAUGCUGAUGGCACCAUCCUGCAGCAAGUUACAGUCCCUGUUACAGGCAUGAUCACCAUUCCUGCAGCCAGCCUGGCUGGAGCCCAGAUUGUCCAAACAGGAGCCAACACCAACACCACCAGCAGUGGCCAGGGGACGGUCACAGUGACACUGCCAGUGGCUGGGAACGUGGUCAAUUCAGGGGGAAUGGUCAUGAUGGUGCCUGGGGCUGGCUCAGUCCCAGCCAUCCAGAGGAUCCCUUUGCCUGGAGCAGAGAUGCUGGAAGAGGAGCCCCUCUACGUCAAUGCCAAGCAGUACCACCGCAUCCUGAAGAGGAGGCAGGCACGGGCCAAGCUGGAAGCAGAGGGGAAAAUCCCCAAAGAGAGAAGGAAAUACCUGCACGAGUCCCGGCACCGGCACGCCAUGGCCAGGAAACGGGGAGAGGGGGGCCGCUUCUUCUCCCCCAAGGAAAAGGACAGCCCUCACAUGCAGGAUCCAACUCAAAGCAACGAAGAAGCAAUGACACAGAUGAUCAGGGUCUCCUAACCCCUGCUUCCAGGAAAAAACACCUGAAGGGAAUUCCCGUCCCUCCUGCCAGCCUGUCUUGCCUGCCCAGAGUGUCCAGUGAACCCUGGAGUGGGACAAUCUCCAUGUCACAGCCUGUCCUUUUCCACAGAGCAAGCACCACGUGUUGAGGACGUGCUUGAGGUUUCAACUCUACAGACAGAACCUUUCAGACUUCCUUGGUGCCCUCUCCUGAUCCAGCACAGGGAAUUCGGAGUCUGAGCGCUCGUCUCUUUGGUUUCCCUUCAUUUUCCCACCUCAAUCCCUGUGGCUGGUGCAGCUCAGCCCUGUCCAGGGGCAGAUUCCAGCUCCUCCAGCCAGCACUGAAUGGGUUUCAGUGCAGAGAUUUGUUAUUCCAUCCACUCCUCACCCCUUUGGACUUGGUUUUCCCUGAGCUGGGCCCUGCUGUUGCACUUCUGACCCUGGCAGAAACUGAAGGGGAUUCUUUUCAAUUCCACCUUGUAAAUGUGUAAAGAAGCUCUUCUCUGGGAAAGGUUCAGCCAUCCAAUCAAUGCUAGAAAUAGUCACAAUUACUGCAGGACUUGAUGUGUUGUGUCUCUGUUGCAAGUGGGGUGGGAGAGGGAGAUGUGGGGGGGAUUGGGUCAGUAAAUCAGUCUCUGGGUGGGUUUGGAUGUUCACUGCCAGUACUUGUUGCUUUGGAAGAAAACUGGAUGCGAGUAUAGAAAGGAUUGAAACUUUUCAGUGAGUCUCUUCCAAAGGAUUUUUUUUUUUUUUCAAUCUCCUUUCUCACCUGCCAAUGAAGUCCAUGGUUCCUCCAAGAGAGGUGGAACCCUCAGUGUCACAGUGGUGGCACCUGGCCAUGGCUGGGAUGGAGUUUCUGGUGCCUAAAUCAUUUCUACAAUUCCAGAGUGAGGGAUGAUUCAGGACAGCAGCAGCUGGGGCAGCUCAGCCUGAGGUACCUGAAGGACUCAGCAGAUACUGAUGAACCUUCCAUGCUUUCUAUAAAUUAAGCUCUUAAAACAAAAGUGGCACUUAGCAAAGGAGCAAUACUUACAUUAUUAAAAAAUAGGAUUUUUCCAUGACCUACAGCUGGCUUUGGGCUGAGCACCUCCGCAGAACAGUUUUCAUUUCGUUUCUAAGCUUGCUCUGUUAUAAUUUGAAUUUUGGUGAUGGGAGCAGUAGAUAAAAGCAUUUACCAGGUGAUUUCUCACCAUUGCACUCCUGUCCCCUCUCACCUUGGUGAGUUACACAGCUGCUCUGGGGAUCAUCUGCCUGCUGGAGUCCCAGAAUUGCCAGGUUUUGUGUCCUGUAGCUCAAACUGGAUCGCAGCAGUGAAGUUUGGGGUUGGGAAUGUUGCUAUGUGAACCUGGCCAGGUGAAGCUGAAGAGAGAGGAGUUUUUGAGGAAAUGCUGCCAAGGAUGAGACUGGGUUAAAUCCAGUGAAUGCUGAUUUCAAGUGACAAGGGAAUGCAGCUUGGAAAUUGUAUUUCCUCCCUCCCAUCUUUCCCCAUUUACUGGCAGCUUAUGGCUAAAGACAAAUCAGUUGUAGAAGACUGGGAGGAAACAAAGGAACAGAGCCUGGAAAAUUCUAUUUCCUUUGGAUGAAAGACAAAUACUAAACCUGAGAGUAUCAGAGGGAGAGGAGGGAGGAGAAAUGUUGGAUCCUUGCUGUGAGCAGGCAAUCCUGGAGGAAGAGGGAGCCUGUUGAGGCGUAAGGAUGCCCUGUGCAGGCAGUGGAAGGACAAGGAGGAGCUGCAGAGGGGUUUGGAAUUGGCAGCUGGAUCUCUAAAUGCAGCUCAGCCCCUUGGUGUCAAUCCUGGCUCCGUGUCCCUCCCCACAGCUGGGAACGACCCUCGGGGACACCUGCGGCUGCAGGAGGAGCUGGCCUGGCUCCUGGCAGGCAAAGAAAUCUUCUUUUCUUUCAAUUUUUGUCCCAAGUUAGAUGAAUAAUCUGACACACUGCUCACAACCCUUAAUUAGGAUUUAUUUCUAAUAAUUUCAAGGGCGUUUUUAACAUUGAUGCAUCGUCAGGGCCUCUGGAUGCUUCUGCCUUAAAUCCUUGUCCAGUUCCAGCACUGGUUUUCCUCAGCUGGCACCUGAAGUUCACACAGCAUUUCCUGGGCUCUCCCAUCCAGGAACGUGCAGCUCUCCUUAAGGGAUUUUAGUUGAAUUUGCAGCGUUACUGUAAAUAUUUUUUUUUUUUUGGAGCAUCUGUACAUUUUGUAGGUGGAAUAUUUGUGUGCUGGGGUAAGAGCUUCUCCAUGAUAUUUUUUUGCUGUUCAGUUGAUGGUAAAUCUGUCCUGAAACACCUUUUUGAGAGCUGGAAGUUCGAGAAGCAAGAUUAUUGCUCUGACAUAGAUUUUGUUUCUUUUAUUUUUUAACGAGUAAUUACUUUCCUUAAAGAAUUUGUAAACUUUUCCCCAAUAUCCCUUCAUAUCUAGGUUCUCUGAUCUGCUGUUUUAGGUUGUGUGUGAAGAAAUAUGGAUUUGUGUUCUAGGAAGUCUUACUGUUAAUAUUUUAAAUAGUGAUGUGAAAGCCCCAGUGCUCCUAUCAUUUUUUAAUUUGUUUUCUGUGUAUCACUGCUGAAAGUUGUGUUUAUUUGGUGAGGUUGGAGCCAGCAGUCAGCACCACGGUACCAAAAAUAUCUGCUUUCUUUUCCAGGCACAUCUGUUAGAACUGGAGACGUGUCCAGUUCAAACCUCCCCAGUAAUGAAAUUGGAAUUCUUUGUAGAUUGGCUACACUUGAGCAAAAAACUUCACUUCAGGAGCGAGUUAAGAGUGGGUGAGGAUGAGAGAAGAGGUUUGGGAAGAAAUGUCUUUGAUUGACCCAGAGCAGUGAAGCAUCAAACCCAUCAAAACCCAGAUUUAUAGGAGUGUAAAGAUCAGGAUUUGGAAAAAAAAAUGAUCCUCAAGUGAUGCUAAAUGGCUUUAAGGCCCUGCAUGUUUAAAAGAGGGGAAAAAAAAUAAACUUUUCUUUGUGAAGGGGCGUGGGAGGGUCCUGAGCUUAACGUAAUGUCAGGCAAAGUUUGUACAUAGUUCAAAGUUUUUAAUUUUUUUUAUAUGAUGCAUUUUUUCAAGUGUAUUUUGGUCUUUAAUAGAUGCAAUUGUAAGUACUGUGUACACUCUCUAGCUAAUAAAAUUUAUAAACUGAGAA